AUGCGCAUCGCCACGCUGACCUGCCUUCCCGGCCCUUCCCCCUUCCUCUUUCUAUUGGCCCAGCUGCUACUGCGGCUCCUCCUCCCUGGGCCGGAGUUAGUGGGAGCCGCCUCCUCCUGCCCCUCCCUGUGCACCUGCUCCAACCAGGCCAGCCGAGUCAUCUGCACCAGGCAAAACCUGGAGGAGGUGCCCGAAAGCAUAUCCGUCAACACACGAUACCUCAACCUGCAGGAGAACUCGAUACAGGUCAUCAAGUCAGACACUUUCAAGCAUUUGAGGCACCUUGAAAUCCUCCAACUCUCCAAGAAUCAGAUACGUCAGAUUGAAGUCGGAGCAUUCAAUGGCCUCCCCAACCUCAACACACUGGAGCUCUUCGACAACCGCCUCACACUGGUGCCAUCACAUGCCUUCGAGUACCUCAGCAAGCUGCGGGAGCUGUGGCUGCGCAACAACCCUAUUGAGACUCUGCCAGGCUAUGCCUUCCACCGUGUGCCCUCGCUACGGCGCCUGGACCUGGGUGAGCUCAAGAAGUUGGAUUUCAUCUCUGAUGCAGCCUUUGUGGGCCUCAUCAAUCUGCGGUACCUGAACCUGGGCAUGUGCGGGCUCAAAGACAUUCCCAAACUGACGGCUCUUGUGCGUUUGGAGGAGCUGGAGCUGUCAGGAAACCGGUUGGAGAUUAUCCGUCCCGGCUCCUUCCAGGGCCUGGUGUCUCUUCGCAAGCUGUGGCUAAUGCACUCACAGGUGUCUGUCAUCGAGCGCAACGCCUUUGAUGACCUGAAAAACCUGGAAGAGCUCAAUCUGUCCCAUAAUUCCCUGCACUCCUUGCCCCAUGACCUCUUCACGCCCCUUCACCAGCUGGAGAGGGUACACCUCAACCACAAUCCCUGGGUCUGCAACUGUGAUGUGCUUUGGCUUAGUUGGUGGUUGAAGGAGACGGUGCCCAGCAACACCACCUGCUGUGCCCGCUGCCACGCUCCUCCAUUCCUAAAGGGCAAAUACAUUGGAGAGCUUGACCAGAGUCACUUCACCUGCUACGCACCUGUCAUUGUGGAGCCACCUACAGACCUCAAUGUCACAGAGGGCAUGGCUGCUGAGCUGAAGUGUCGCACAAGCACGUCCACAACAUCUGUCAACUGGAUCACCCCUAAUGGCACUCUAAUGACCCACGGCUCUUACCGGGUGAGGAUAUCCGUCCUGCAUGAUGGCACACUCAACUUCACAAAUGUCACCCUGCGAGACACGGGCCAGUACACCUGCAUGGUCACCAAUGCUGCUGGCAAUACCACGGCAACUGCUGUCCUCAACGUUACUGCUGCUGAUGCCAGUGUCAACUACACCUACUUUACUACAGUUACUGUGGAAACGGUGGAAACUGGAGGAGGUAACGAUUAUGCAUUGGUUGCCAUCAAUGAGACCUUCAUCCAUGUUCGCCCUGGCCCAACACCCUCCGACCUGUGGCCGGACGGUGUUCCGACUACAGACUCCUCUCUGUCUGCCGGCUGGUCCUCCUCCUCUCCCCAAACCACUCGACCCACCUUCACUGUGCCAAUCACUGUGCCAGGCUUCUCGGGCCUGGACGAUGUGAUGAAGACCACCAAGAUCAUCAUUGGCUGCUUCGUAGCCAUUACCUUCAUGGCAGCGGUGAUGCUGGUGGUAUUCUACAAGCUGAGGAAGCAGCACCAGCUGCACAAACACCAUGGCCCCGCUCGAGCCAUCGAAAUCAUCAACGUAGAAGACGAGCUAGGUGCCGGAGCCAGCGGUCGGGGCAGCGGCAUCUCAGGAGGCUCCACCGUGACGCAGAGUGGAAGCAGUGGAAUAGGAGGGGGCCAGAGCCUCAGGCUACAUCACCCAGAGAUAGUCAACCUUCCCAACCUGGCCCGAUCGGAGCACCUCAACCACUACUACAAAACCCAUCACUUCAACAACAACAUGAUGGGCCUGGGCAUGGGCACAGGCCCCGGCGUGGGCCUCAACAACAACAACAACCCUUCGCCAUGUUCUCAGUCACAAAACAUAUCCUGUUCCCAGGUUCCGACCUCCACCGGUGGGGGAACACCCACGGGUGGCACCUUACCCUCCCCUGUGCCCUUGCCCCAGUUGGGUCUCCACAGUUCUCUGAAAGGCCUAAUGGGGAAAGGCCAGAAUGAGCCACUACUUUUUAAGAGCGGCUCAAAGGAAAAUGUGCAAGAGACUCAAAUCUGA